ACCUGUACGGGAAGAUCCCAUUGAAUUUUUUACACCAAAAAAUUAUCGUAGCGGCAGGAUUCGAACCUGCGCCUUUGAUUUUCUUGUUCUUUUUUUAAAUAGUAAAGAACAUCUAAAUAACAUUCACAUGUUUUAUAUGUGAAAAAUUGACUUCAUCGAAAUCAAAUAAGAUUAAAAGGACAAGCGAGGGUGUUUGGUGUUCUCAAAAGGUUAAUGAAGCUAUAGGUUAUUUAACAUUAUCAAGUGCUGAUGUCUAUUUCAGAUGAGCUAGUCCGGAAAGUGGAGCUGGGCGGAACGUACCAAAUGUGCGUGAUGUCCUCUCUCGAUGGGACCGAUGCUGGCACUACCAUCCCUGUCUACGAGGUAAACAACAUAGAAAGUGUUCCUUUUCCUGGUAUUAUAUCUUCACCCGGAGAUCUAUUUCCAUUAUUGCCCGACUCCAUAAGGUUUAUCUACAAUGUUAACCAAUGCACUCCUUGGAGGUUUGUUGGAAAGAUAGUCCGUCGGUUUGGUGCACAAAUCUCUAAAUGCGAGGAACACCUUUCAGUCAAACUAGCACACCUUAUGAGCCUGGUUCUACUGAACGAAAGAUCGGACAUUCUUCAUGCAAACAAUCCCUCCAAGACAGAUAUGGGAAUCUUGAAUUUACUAAUUACGGGGCCAGAUCUCUUGACCCUCCAGCGACUUACUGUCUUCUCCACGUCAUUUGCUGACCGCCUUGUUGUGCACUCCGCUGUCAGUGAAUUGUUGGCUCAAGUGUCACGUGAUCAGGCAGGCACUGGAACGUAUUCUGUCGAAGGAGGAUGUGUGCUACUGGCAAGAGGAGGAGUCUGUCUAGUGCCAAAUUUGGCAGUUCUUAACAAAGACCAGAGGGAGUCGCUGCAAAAGGCUCUAGAGAACAAGCGUGUGGCGGUGGACAUCCCGAAGCGCCUGACUGGCACAGCGCGUGCACAACAGGAAGUCGCCCCAGCCCUGUGUACUGUCUGGGCAUGUGCUCAGCCAAGUCAUGCCGUGCGACCAACAAGCUCCCACGGGGCCUGGGACAGCAUAAAAUUCUCGCAAAUUGAAAUAGCACAGGGACUGGAAGGACUUGGCCGUGCCUUUAUAGACCGAUUUGAGCUUGCGCUAUUCAUCAACGAGCCUGAGGGAUCCCAUGAUGCCAAGCGAGGUGGAAUAACCGAACCUGCCCUUAUCCGUGCCAUAGGAGAAGGGACCAACGAUGAUGACAGCUCACUUGGCGACGAGGAUUUGCGCCUUUACCUCAAGUUAGCUUCCAGGCUACAGGUUACCUUCAGCGCCGCCUCGCAAGCGCUAUUACGUGGAUAUUAUACAGCCGGUAGACGAAGCAGGAUGGCAGAGGGAGACUUCCCACUGAACGCACUCAAGACACUGUUUUCGUUAGCUGCAGCACAUGCCCGACUGUCGCUUCGUGAAAAGGUCAUCGAUGAGGACGUGGUUAUUGCCGUAUUGAUGUUCGAGACCACUUUGAAGACAAGUAGGGGGUUCUGCGUGGUAGGACUACAUCACGGGUUUAGGCCAGACUAUCUCAUGCUCUCAGAGGAUGAGCUUAAGUUGAGACAGUUUACAUAUCAGUUGCAAAAAUUCUGUUCAUCGUUUGCACCCAGUCUGGGCAUCACCAGACCACGUGAGGAGUGAAUGGAUCAUUGUACUUGGAAAGAGGGAGGCUGGCGAGAGCAUCUGAUUGGAUGGAGUAGAUGGAAUGGGGUUUGGGCAAAGGGUGAAGCUAAUUAUAGUAGACCAGGGGUGGAUCCAUGGUUCGAAUGGUAGUGGUUUAGGGUUUUGUAGAAUAUCAGCCCUCUUGGGAGGAGAGAAUAUAAUAACAAAUACCUUUUUCUUUCUAAAUUACUCGCACAGGGAAGUGUCCUUAGACCAAUGAAUUGAAAAGAUUCCAUAUUAACGAUUUUCAAGAUUUAUUGGCUUUUUUAUUGACAUUUGAAAACAGAAAAAAUAUACAUAUAUUGUUUUAAUUACCAUCUCUGUACAAUCCAUCCAUUUCAUAUAUAUUACUACUUAUAUUUAUCAUUAAUAAAAAAGAUUGAUAAUAAACACAAAAACAUAAAAUAAAAUAAACACAAAAACCUUCUUUCAAAAAAUGUUUUUCUAUACUCUACACAACCCCUAUCAAUUUAAUAAAAACGGGAAAAAACAGAAAAAUAUAUAUUGUUUUAAUUACCACCGCUGUACAAUCCAUCCAUUUCAUAUAUAUUACUACUUAUAUUCUGAAUUCAUAAUUAAUAAAAAGAUUAAUAAUAAACACAAAAACAUAUUUAGCAACCCAAAACCUUCUUUCAAAAAAUGUUACUCUAUACUCUUCUCUACACAACCUC